AUGGCGUCCGGCGUCUCCAGUCCAAACGAUGUCGUCCCUUCCGUUCAAGUUCUCAACGAAGACUUGGAACACUUGAAGAAAAACAUGGACAUUUUCUUUCUAACUGUCAUGGGCAGCAUCGUCUUCUUUUUGCAGACGGGAUUCGCGUUCUACGAGUCGGGAUCGGUGAGGACCAAGAACGUGACCAACGUCCUCUUUCUCAACUAUUUGGACACGAGUAUCGGAUCUUUAGUUUACCUGUUGUGUGGCUACGCGUUGGCUUUCGGCGAAGGAAACGGCUUUUGUGGUACCCAAUACUUCGCCUUGGUCGACUUGCCCUACGACAAAAUGGCCCACUGUUUUUUCCAGUACACUUUCUCUGCCACGGCCGUCGCGGUCGUGAAAAGCGCGCUGCACGAACGCAGUUCCAUGACGGCUUACUUCACCUGCAUCAUCGUGAUUUCAGGUGUGACCUAUCCAAUCGUGAGUCACUGGGCCUGGAGUCAGUUCGGCUGGUUGUGCAACAUGGGCUAUCGGGAUUUUGCGGGCAGCGGAGUCGUUCACGCCACAGGAGGAUCUGCCGCAUUAGCCGUCGCUUUAACGAUCGGACCGAGAACGGGCCGAUUCGAUGCCAAGGGCGAUUUAAAUAACAUCCAGCCGCAUUCGAUACCUCAAGCGGCAUUGGGCGCUUUCAUUUUCCUAUUCGGCGCCAUCGCGUUCAAUGCCGGAUCUAAUUUGACCAUAUCGAACGCCAAGGAUGGCCCAGUCAUUUCGUUGGUUUGCCUCAACACGUUGAUCUGCGUUGCCGCAGCAACGACCACAUCGCUUUUUUACCAGCGCUACUGUACCGCAUCGGGCCGGUCUCUUAAAAACUGGAAUUUCAUCAACAUGUUGAACGGAAGCUUCACCGGAAUGGUUGUUAUCUGCGCCGGAUGCGAUCAAUAUCCACCUUGGGCCGCGUUCGUCGUCGGUUGUCUUGGAUACUUUGCAUUUCUUCUCGUCCUAAAAGCGAUGCAUCGAUUUCAAAUCGAUGACGCGACGAACGGCGUACCUGUUCAGCUGGGCGGGGGCUAUUUCGGUGUCAUUGGUGCCGCUAUUUUCGGCCACAAUGGAAUCAUCCUCAAUCCGUCCAAGUCCAGCGUUUACGGUUUGUUGGUGAACAUUUUUGGCGGGCUGGUCAUCAUCGUCUUUUCCUUCUUCUCCAUUUUCCUACUGUACGCCGUCCUGCGUUAUUUCCAUCUACAUAGGGUGACAGCACAAGAAGAGACAUUAGGUUUAGAUUUGGCUAUUCAUAACCAGGCCGCCUAUGACGUGGAUGGCCACCAAGUCAGGCGGAUCGUUCCCGUAGAACCUAAAAGUAAAUAG